UACAUCUCUCCGAUGUGCACACCUACCAGAGGGUUACUUCCGCCUUUGGAUUCGUAGGAGUGAACGUGAUGCCCGAUGGAUGCCUUUUUAAAAAUUGUAAAGUUCUGUUCAAAUCCUAGCUCAUCGCAGAAUUUUGGCCCUGGAAAGGCAUGAGGACAUCUGCUUUACUGCUGAUGGGGAGAGUGAAGAAUAAAUCUUGCCCAAGGUCACGGUGCUUGUAGGAGACCGUAAGACUGAAAUCCCCUGCCUCACUAGGUCUGGGGAAGUUCAAGGAUUACUGGUAAGACAGUCUGCUGUCUUCGCCAACUGGCCAUGGCUACUUAACUAUGUGAUCUCUGGCAAGACCUCAAUCUCUUUGAACCUUGACUUUCUCCCAUAUGAAAUGACAACAACUUUUAACCCACAGGCUUGCUGUGUACCUCACGUGGGAUCAUUGCUUGGCAUAAGCUGGCCUCAGAGGAGAGCUCAGUCCUUGGUGGCCAUCACUGCUCUGAGUACUAGGAGCAAUGUCUGAGCUCUCCCUUGAAAUCAGCUCCCAGGGUUUUCCAGUGGAGCAUACAUUGUUGGUCUGAGUUUGCCUCUGAACUAUCCUGGCUGGGGUCUCAGCCCUCCUUGCAAGGAUAUUGAGGGAUCCUUUAUCACAGCAGCAAGUGAGGCCCUUUAAGUAGCUGCGUUUUCUUCAGCCUUUGAGCCUGUGAGUAGAAGCAAGUGGGCUUUGUCAUGGGCCAUCCAAGAUGCCAGGUGCUGGAGGGGUCCAUUGGAGGUUGGGGGCAAGGCCAGCUGGACAGACUGGCAGAACUUGGGGUCUCCACUGGUUCCCAGCCGGUACAGGGCCAGAAAUACAGAGGGGCUGCCUGAGAGCUGGUUGGCUGCCCACUGGCUCAUGCAUUCUUCAAGUGUUGGUAACUGGAAUGUUUUGUCUGUUCAGACUCAAAAGCGUCAGUGGGACAGAAACCAAAGUUAAGUGUCCCAAGAUGUGUCAAGAUGAAUCUGGGAAAGCUGAGCUGUUGCCUGAACUGCUCCUCUGAAUCAGCUGGUACUUUUUGUCUCUAGUUUUAAAAGUUCCCUAGCAGCAAACAGAUAUCCAGAAUCUCCACUGCCUGAGGAUGGGAGAAAUUUUGAAGUUUUCAUGAAACACAUUCAUGUCUCAAACUGUGAACACAACCAAAUGUCCAAAGCAAGGACCCCAGAGCACUGCCCACAUGUCUGUGAUACGUUGUCUGCUGCCUAACAAACCCAGCAUGAGUCCGCUGGGCUGGACCAUCUGCUGGGCUGAGUUCCAGGAAAACAAGGCACCUCUGGAUUCAUUGGUUUUAGGAUGGACCUGUAGCUGCCAGCUGGAAGCUGCCCUGGGGUUCCUUAAAUAGCCAAGUCUUGUGGUCUGCUCUGAUGAUGACUCCCACCAGCACGAAGCAGGGGGAUGACCUUGCUCUGUGGCCAGGACAACAGUGAAAGAAGGAGCCCCGUGUAUGGCAGUCUGGGGAGAGACAGCCACCUAGCAUGUCCCCACCAAACCAGUCAGUAGAAGGUCUUCCCCAGGAGGCCUCCAACAGAUCCCUGAAUGCCACAGAGAGCCCAGAGGCUUGGGACCCCGGGAUCCUGCAGGCGCUCAAGAUCUCCCUUGUCGUGGUCCUUUCCAUCAUCACAUUGGCCACUGUCCUCUCCAAUGCCUUUGUCCUGACCACCAUCUUGCUCACUCGGAAGCUCCACACCCCAGCCAACUAUCUCAUCGGCUCCUUGGCCACCACCGACCUCCUGGUCUCCAUCCUGGUCAUGCCCAUCAGCAUCGCAUACACCACCACCCGCACCUGGAGCUUUGGCCAGGUCCUGUGCGACAUCUGGGUGUCUUCUGACAUCACCUGCUGCACGGCCUCCAUCCUGCAUCUCUGUGUCAUUGCCCUGGACAGGUACUGGGCCAUCACGGACGCCCUGGAGUACAGCAAGCGCCGCACGGCGGGCCACGCCGCUGCCAUGAUCGCGGCGGUCUGGGUGAUCUCUAUCUGCAUCUCCAUCCCACCGCUCUUCUGGCGGCAGGCCAAGGCUCAGGAGGAGAUGUCAGACUGCCUGGUGAACACGUCUCAGAUCUCCUACACCAUCUACUCCACCUGUGGGGCCUUCUACAUCCCGUCCGUCCUGCUCAUCCUCCUGUACUGCCGCAUCUACGCAGCCGCCCGGAGCCGCAUCCUGAAUCCACCCUCCGUGAGGGGGAAGCGCUUCACCACCGCGCACCUCAUCGCGGGCUCCGCAGGCUCCUCGCUCUGCUCGCUCAACCCCAGCCUCCGUGAGCGCCACUCUCACGCCGGCUCCCCGUUCUUCUUCAACCACGUCCAGAUCAAACUUGCUGAUGGUGCCCUGGAACGCAAACGCAUUUCCGCUGCUCGGGAAAGAAAGGCCACAAAGACCCUGGGGAUCAUCCUGGGGGCCUUUAUCAUCUGCUGGCUGCCCUUCUUUGUGGUCUCCCUGGUCCUUCCCCUCUGCCGGGGCUCCUGCUGGAUCCACCCGGCCCUCUUUGACUUCUUCACCUGGUUAGGCUAUUUAAACUCCCUCAUCAAUCCCAUCAUCUACACUGUGUUCAACGAGGAGUUUCGGCAAGCAUUUCAGAAAGUUGUCCAUUUCCGGAAAGCCUCCUAGUCUUAUUUGCUGGUAACUCUCCUUAGCGCUCGUGUCCAGGAACCCAACUGGGAUUGUCCUCUUCGGUUUUCCUGAGACUUGGGUUAACUCAUGGUAUCUUGGGUCUUGUGCCCAUCACCAGUUGUUCUGUGCCCUGUGGUUCUGUGUCUUCUGACCUUCGGAGCCACCCAAAGCCGGGCUGCUGUACGAUAGAGGGCAGGACAGAAGACCUCCCUUAACUUAAUAUUUCCAAGGUUCCUCUGGGGUGGAAGAAACAUGUCCCACAGGAUUCAGGUGAGAAAAUGACUCUACAAAAGAUGCCAGGCUCAAAGAGAAGAAGGUUUUUGUGGUCUCCCUGAGAUUUGUAUGAGGCUCACUGGAGGGUAGGUAAGGUUAAUAAUCUGAAUUGGAGAUUUGGGAGCCAUGGCAGAGGAGACUCCUCCCUUUGGAGCAUCCUGAUUAGAAAAUAACAUCCAAGAUUUUCUUCCCUUGGGUGCUCCUCACCCCGCAUCUCUCCCAGCCAUUCAUGAGGAGAGACAGUGAUUUGGAGAGAGAUCUAGAAGGUGGGGCAGGGAAACCAAUGCACCUUACCUUCUUCCAGUACCCCAGCACCAUCUAAAUGUUCUGGGGUUAAAACCCAUAAUCACCCCACUGAAGGAGAUUGGACCCACCAAGCUUCUGGAGGGCUACCAUUCUGAAUGUCUUUUUUUAUAUUCCAUUCUCAUUAAAAAAUCUUAAAGUGUUGCAUCUUAUCA